AUGUGCCGCCGAGACAGUCCCUGCGGAAAGACCAAGUACGAGCACCUUGGUCAACUGGCGUCGUUGUCGGUUACCCUUCACAAGUCGCGACUGACCUCUGUAGGCUAUAUUCUGUCGACUGCCUACCAUCUGAAUCCAUGUUCAUACUACCCCGAGGUUACUUGGUGUGCUGGGCCGUACGUCCCCGCUCAUGAUGCCUGGAAGUGCCCUGCAUGCAACACUCCCCUGCAUGCAACACUCAACCCUUUCUCAGCAAUUCCUGAGUCAUGA